CAAUUUGGCUUGUUCACACCAAACUAGAUACUUGGAGAAAUACAGAUACGACUUCCGAGUUGCGUAAAUAGAGAUAUAUAUCUACAAGUCUCGUCUCCAUCACCGCAUCAGAAGUAAGAAUACAAUCCAUAGUCAUGGGGAUACUGGGAAAUCUCUCUCCAGACCAACUCAUGUCCUUCCAAUCCCAGGGAUACAUAGUUCUUGAAUCGUUCUCGAGCCCUGAAGAAGUGAACGAGAUGAGGAAGAGAAUGGACCAAUUGCUCGACGAGUUUGAUUGCUCAUCUUCCGCCUCCAUUUUCUCCACCAAAAACCAGAAAAAUACAACUGAUGAUUACUUCUUCGACAGCGCCGAGAAGGUUUCGUUUUUCUUCGAAGAGAAAGCAUUUGACGAUGAUGGCAACUUAAAGCAACCGAAGCAACUAUCAAUUAACAAGGUUGGCCAUGCGCUUCAUGAGAUUGAUCCAGUCUUCAAAAAGUUCACAUUCUCGGAGGAAUUAUCGAACUUACUCGAAUCAUUGGAUUACAAGAGGCCGGUGAUCAUUCAGUCAAUGUAUAUAUUUAAGCAACCAGGUAUUGGUGGUGAAGUAGUGCCACAUCAGGAUAACUCAUUUUUGUAUACUGAACCAACAACUUGCACGGGGCUUUGGCUGGCUUUAGAAGAUGCAAACAUACUGAAUGGCUGCAUUUGGGCUAUUCCUGGAUCCCACAAAGAUGGCCUUGUGAGAAGAUUCACGAGGGAUGAGGAGGGUGUUCACUUUGAUCGUCCCUUCCCAUCGUAUGACCAAAAGGAUUUUGUGCCCAUUGAAGUUAAAGCUGGCUCCUUGGUUGUCAUUCAUGGUGAUCUUAUUCAUCAGAGUUUUGAGAAUCAGUCUUCAAAAUCAAGGCAUGCCUACAGCUUGCACACAGUUGAUACUGUUGGUUGCAAAUGGGCACCAGACAAUUGGAUCCGAAGGAAAGUGGAUCCUGAGCCACUCUACGUUUCUUGAUCUAUACUUGGGAUGGUCUGUCAAGCAUUCUGUUAACUGCUGCCGUGCGCAUCUGAAGUAAAAUUAUCAACACAAAGUUGCAUGCCUUAAUUAGGGUAUGUGUAAUAAUGCAGAAUUUGUUCUCUAAGAAAUAAUGAGCAUAUCAGAUGGUUGGUUCAAUGCCGUAAUGUUUGAGCAUUGCAUUGUCCAAUUGCUUCUGUUCUUGCUUUAUGUGGUGUAUAAUUCCUGGUGUGAAUCAGUUGCCAUGUAACUUGUCUUCUGACUUUUCGAUUAUCUGCACAGUGUGUCCACAAUGCUUGUACCUGCUAGGUAUAUACAUGCUAGAGUUUGGCAGCAA